ACCACUUCGGGUCCGCUCGUACUGUCCGGCAUCACGGGGAUCGUCUCGUCAUUUUCGACAAGUCCGACGUCCAGGAAUACUAAGUCGAUGCUUCGAUGUCAAUAGAAGGAGAUAUGAAAAGCGGGCGAGCAACGUAACAGCUUUUACAACUUCUAAACUAAACGCUAUUUGACACUUCACAGCAGGACUAUAUCCUCCUCUUUUUUUCCCUCCGGACUUUGAAGUAGACGCGGUUCUGUGGUAAUGUCGGCUCUUUUUUUACGAGAGGAAACUUCUUGAAUGUUUUUUCUACUUUUUUUUUUUUUUUUUUAAAGUAAGAAUGUCCUUUUCUUGCGGUAGCUCCAUGUAAAGCGUCGCCUUUUUUUCUCCCACGUCCAGCUUUUGGCUCAGGGGACUCCAGUACUGUUGCCGCUCGCAUCGAACUGUGUUGUCAAUGGAGCGUCACUUCAGUUUCAUUUCCAUCUGGCUCCAACUGGAACUUUGUGCCAUGGCUGUUCUUCUCACCAAAGGAGAAAUCCGGUGCUACUGCGACGAGGCGCACUGCGUGGCCACGGGCUACAUGUGCAAGUCGGAGUUGAACGCCUGCUUCACCAAGACCCUGGACCCCUUCGGCGCCAACUCUCCCCUGACCCACGGCUGCCUGGACCCCAGCGACGUCUGCGGCGCCCAGAGGGGCGCGGGCCUGCUGGAGUGUUGCCACGACGACAUGUGCAACUACCGAGGCCGGCACGACCUGGCGCAUACCAAGGACUCGGCAGACCAUAGCCGCUACCAGCCGGAGAGCACCAACAAGAACCUGGUGACCCGAGUCCAGGAGCUGGCCUCGGCCAAGGAAGUAUGGUUCCGGGCGGCGGUGAUUGCCGUGCCGAUCGCGGGCGGCCUGAUCCUGGUGCUGCUCAUCAUGCUGGCCCUGAGGAUGCUGCGCAGCGAGAACCAGCGCCUGCAGGACCAGAGGCAGCAGAUGCUGUCCCGGCUCCACUACAGCUUCCACGGACACCACACCAAGAAGGGCCACCUGGCCAAGUUGGACCUGGAGUGCAUGGUGCCCGUCUCGGGCCACGAAAACUGCUGCCUGACCUGCGACAAGAUGAGGCAGACGGACCCGAGCGGGGACAAGAUCCUGUCUCUGGUCCACUGGGGGAUGUACAGCGGACACGGCAAGCUGGAGUUCGUAUGACUUCAUUUCUCCUCCCGCUGG